ACAUGUUGAUUCUUUGCAGAGAUCAUGGCAUCUUCACCUAAAGUAAAGAGAACUACUAAACAUGGAGAUGGUGCACAGAAUCUCCUCAGAUCCCAGAAGGACGCCUAUGCCAGACUUCUUAAUCAGCAUCAGAAUGGCAAGUUUCGAUCCUACUUGCAAGAGAUAGCGAAGCAGCAGGUGGAGGAUAGCAUGAGUACAUCAGUUAGCAGGUCUGUGAAUGUUUUGAGCAGGAGAAAAAAGGGCAAUUCCGAGUCCUCUUACUCUGUUGAUAGUUUAUCCUCUCAACAGAGUAGGCAGGUGGCUGAUGCCUCCAUCUGUUUGUACAUGGACAAAACCAACUAUCAGGUGACAUGCACUGAAGACCAGGGCAUAAAGUCUGGCAUGCUGGAAAAGCAUGACAGAAUGGAGCUACAUAAGGCUGCUGCACCCAAAAAGGUACACUCAAAACCGCAGCACAAGAGAAAUGAAAAAGACAUCAAAAUGAGCUCUGAUCAAGUGGGAUCUGAGGAAGGUGACAGUCAACAGUUGAGAUGUUCUCGUGGGGAGGAACAAGCAAAGAACAAAUCAAAGAAGAAGAGAUUAAAAGGAAAUUUAGCGAAAAAAGACCAGGGGGAAUGUGGUCGUGAAGUUGACCUCAUUGCUGGGAAAUCACCAAAUGAAAACAAAGCUCCUCAAUCUCAAGCGUCAAAAGAAAGCUUACCACAAAACAAUAAAGAUAAAGGCACCAAAGGUGGUAGAGGGUCUUGGAAGCAACUGUUUGAGCAGUACAUACUCAAAGAGGAUGUUUCUGCAGGCCUGGAGAGAGGAGAACUCAUAAAGGGAGUACUGAGAAUAAACCCUAAGAAGUACAAGGAAGCCUUUGUCCCGUCUCCUGAUGGGUCAGCUGAUAUCUUUCUGGAUGGGAUUGCAGCUCGUAACAGGGCUCUCAAUGGAGAUGUUGUUGUGGUGAAAGUCCUCCCCCCUGAACAGUGGAAGGCAGUCAGUGGAGAUAUAAACGAGAGAACUUUAGCCAAUCAGAUGGUGCCAAAGGCUUCUGAUGUCAUAGAGGAGGCCCAUUACAAUGAAGAUGAUGAGGUGAUCGGUAAAAUGAAGAAAGUCUGUCUCCAGGAUGAAGGGGUCCUUCUGACAUUUCAGAGAUUUGUCAAAGAGCUUCAACAUGAAAAGCCAAUGGUGCAUUUGUUGCAUGUGGUAAUGGUGGCCCUUGUUAGAGAGCUCCUGAGCAAAUUUAUGAGACCAAAGGCUAUUCCACUGAGUCACAAGGAGAUUCUCAAGGUUGAUGUACGGAGCAGGGAUUUGCAACUGUCAAACCAGAGGCUCUCUGUUGGACAAUUCUGCUACAAUGCAAUGAACAAAGCUCGUGUGGAGAGGAAGGUAUGGGUUGGACAUAUCUAUGACUCUCUCAGAGAAGGGUAUAUGAGGUCAGCAGAGUUUCUGCUAAAAAACCUUCCCCUGGAUAACAUCAUAUUAACAUCACUCUCUGCUCUGACGCCGUCUCUAAUUCAAUUCGAUGCAGUUGUUGGAGCAUUCACUACAUUAGGAGAGGCAUUGCCAAAUGUUCGGACCAAUAAAUGGUCAUGUGCUUACAUAUUUAGAAUUUGUAGAAAAAUUUUCAUUUUAUAUACCGGUUAAGGAGUAUAUGAUGGUUAUUAAUGCCAUCCCUUUAGAACUUAGGAAAUUAUUAGGAAAUGAUACAGUCGAAAAACUAAAUAUAGAUUUCAAUCUUAAAUUGCAAGGUAUAAAUAUAAAAGAACAAAAAUGUAAUAGCAAUUAUCUUAGAAAGAUUUGCCAAAUUUCUAGUGUUCCUUUAGCCAUUGGUUUUUGGAGAUCACAAUUUCAAGAUUUCUACUGGAAAGAAACCUUUAAGAUCUCCAGACGUUUUUGUAUCACAAAUAAAAUUAGAGAGGUAUCAUACAAGAUUGUUCAUCAUAUUUAUCCUGUAAAACAGGUAAUUGCAAAGUUUUGUAAAGAUAUUGACUUGAAGUGUGUUUUUUGUAAAGGGGAAAAUGAGAGUAUUGUUCAUUUAUUUUAUGAUUGUAUUUAUAGAAAUUUAUUUUGGUGUGAUCUAGUUUUUUU